GGGGAGCUCACUUUGUUCCUGUAGUUAUCGUUCGGCAGCUCCCAUUUCAUUCGUUACCGCUGGUUUCAGUCCUUUGUCAAAAGCAGUUUCUGUCUUCUUUGGUUUUACGUUUUAAGUCCUCAGGUGACUGGCUCGAAAUGUGUUUUUACAAUGAAUGCAGAAAUUCUCGUGCGCUCAUUGGUGAAUUUGUAAUUCGCCUCGUGGAUGCACAGCUACUUGGAGAAUAUUAUGACGAAAUUCAUGAUCAAUAACAGGACAGACGCAUAAAAAAUUGAAGUCAAUUUGAUAAGUGUAAUUAGUUUCGGAAGUAUAUGCCAUGCAACCAAAACGACAAACAUAUCGUUUUCUCAGGUAAUCAGAUGCAAAAUCAAACAAACUUUUCCCGCGCUUGAAAAUAAUGCUAAGGACCUACAAAGAGUUCUAAUUGGUCCAUUGUGGCAGUUGCACGCGCUGUGGUUGGCCAGUUAUGGUUGCCUUGGUUUUCGAUUACAAUUCUCUUUUCUCUGCUCUUUCAAAUUCUUGGCCUGCGUGUGACGUUAUCGUGAGGGCCUAUAACCCGUAUAGCAAGCUUUCCGGCGCGCAAAUUGGAGCGUAGCUCUUCGCAGGGGAACGCUUUCUAUCCUUGCAUACGGCCGGCGCGCCUGGAAUUUAAAUUAAUCAAUCAGGAUUCUGCAGGCGGGAAAAACGCGGGCUAGUGUAUCCAAUGGUUAGCGCUAGACUCUGAAUCGAGUGGUUCAAGUUUAAGCCCUUGCCGGGGUCUUUGUGUUCUGUUCUUGCUCACUCAGGUUUAUAAAUAGGUACUGGCAAAAUAUCAUGUACGGGGUAGCCCUUUGAUGGACUUAGUCGCUUAAUACCUUAGAAAACAGGAUAAGUUCCGCCUGUAUGGGCCGCUUAGCCCGACAUGGACUUUACCUUAUGUGACGUUAUUAGUUCAACUUAGUCUUUAUAGUGGGAAGUGAUUACAGACGUUCAAUUUAGCUUUCUUUUUUUACCUUUUCUAUGAAAAUUAAUUGCUGGCCGCAUAAGUGCUGAGUCAGACCUUGCAGUUUCCCUAUGGAGGAGUGUCGAGGGCGGAGCGAGAAGAGUGAUAGCAAAGUGGCAAUUGAAAUCUUUAUUACCAGGGAAUAGACUAUCACGAUUCCUAAAUUACCCUCGUUGCUUAUCGCGGUCAGAGAAGGCGAGGUAACUUAAAGUUGGAGACUCUGAACUUUGCAUAUCAAUCAUGAUGUUUGGCCAGAAAAGCUCUAAACGUUUGUCUCCUUGCAGGCUUCCCCCUAGGCCGUCCUGUCUGUCGCGAGCAUACAUUUUAUAAACAACUUGGUGGCAACUUGGCAAUGACGUCAUAGACUCGUUACCCGCGAAGAUUUGUGGAUCUCGUUUAAAACACAUUCUAAAUAUCAACUGACGGUAACUACUAUUUACUGUCGAACUUUAGAGUUUUACCGCGGACAGAGAGUUCACUUGAACAUGGUGUAGUUUUGACAUUUUCAUUCCAAAUCGGAGAUCAAACCACCAUGGAACAUUUCAGGGUGAUUUUGUUUUUGCAACUGGUUGUUGGUGUAAAGCUCGUUCAUAUUCCGAGAGAGCAAUGGCCCAGACUUGGUGAGGAAGUCACCCAGGAAAUUCUGAAUUCCAUACAAACAUUCGACCUUCUCAACCAAGACAUUUCCAUGGGAUUUUUUAUCAAGGGUGUAGCGGGGCCGCAGGGACCUCCCGGACCAAAAGGCCCCGUAGGGAGCAUGGGACUUGCAGGUUCCCCUGGCAUGCCAGGAUGGCCCGGUCCCCCUGGGAGGUUUGGUCCACCUGGCCCGCCUGGUCCACCCGGGCCUCCGGGGCCCCCGGGGCCCCCGGGGUUGAAAGGAGGGGCAGGAUUCGGGGGCCUUCCAGGACAGGUUGGAAUGCCAGGAUAUCCCGGAUAUCCAAUGUGGAAGAUUACCACGGACAUAUUCACACCUUUGUAUAAUGUCCAAACGAACGUGACAGUGGUGUGCGCUGGUAAACGAGCGUUACUGCAAUGCAACGCUGGCAAACGAGUCAAAGUAACGCAAGCUCGUUGGGGAGGAAGCAACUCCGUGACAUGCGCUAACUCGACGUCUGCCGAUUUAUCUUCUCUACCGCUGAUCGCAGACGCAGACUCAAGUCAAGUAACUGACCAAAUAAGGAAGCGCUGUGCAAAGCAGCAAACUUGCGAGGUGGAAGCCAACAUGCCAUUCUUGGAAAGUGUUCCAAGUGGGUCCAAGUAUCUCAAAGUGUGGCACGAAUGCAUUCCUGACGUUUCUGGGGUCAUUCUACCAUCGCGUAGGAAAAGAGACAUCCAAAUACAACGGAGAGAAUUGCACUUACCUCAGCUGGGCAGCGCGAAAAACACUGGACCCGAAUCUUUCGGCGAAGGAUUGGCAACAAGGGCUUCUCACAAUUCAAGCAGCGAAGGUGUUGUAGCGAACGUCUUUAUGGGCAAAAGCAACGAGCAAAUUUCAUCUAAUAAAAAUGAGUCAACUGCAAGUAAGGAGAAACGGAGUGAAGAAAGUUACGAGAACACUCACUUAGCCCGUGUGCUGGACGAACUGCUGGGGCCAUCUUCUCUUUAUAAAUAUCCCCCAGCAGCCCCUCCCUCCAAUGCAACAGUAGGCGCUAGUACCCAGGACUCGUCUUCUUUGUUCUUGGCGGGAAGGUUACAAAGUGGAACAAAGCAAGCCAGGAGUGACGAUAUCUAUGGCGGACGUGAACAAAUUCUUCAUUCUGUCGCUUCGAAACGACUCAAUAAGAACAAAAUAGUCGACGCUGCAGACAUGAUUGGAACAAUAUCAACUGACGGUAACUACUAUUUACUGUCGAACUUUAGAGUUUUACCGCGGACAGAGAGUUCACUUGAACAUGGUGUAGUUUUGACAUUUUCAUUCCAAAUCGGAGAUCAAACCACCAUGGAACAUUUCAGGGUGAUUUUGUUUUUGCAACUGGUUGUUGGUGUAAAGCUCGUUCAUAUUCCGAGAGAGCAAUGGCCCAGACUUGGUGAGGAAGUCACCCAGGAAAUUCUGAAUUCCAUACAAACAUUCGACCUUCUCAACCAAGACAUUUCCAUGGGAUUUUUUAUCAAGGGUGUAGCGGGGCCGCAGGGACCUCCCGGACCAAAAGGCCCCGUAGGGAGCAUGGGACUUGCAGGUUCCCCUGGCAUGCCAGGAUGGCCCGGUCCCCCUGGGAGGUUUGGUCCACCUGGCCCGCCUGGUCCACCCGGGCCUCCGGGGCCCCCGGGGCCCCCGGGGUUGAAAGGAGGGGCAGGAUUCGGGGGCCUUCCAGGACAGGUUGGAAUGCCAGGAUAUCCCGGAUAUCCAAUGUGGAAGAUUACCACGGACAUAUUCACACCUUUGUAUAAUGUCCAAACGAACGUGACAGUGGUGUGCGCUGGUAAACGAGCGUUACUGCAAUGCAACGCUGGCAAACGAGUCAAAGUAACGCAAGCUCGUUGGGGAGGAAGCAACUCCGUGACAUGCGCUAACUCGACGUCUGCCGAUUUAUCUUCUCUACCGCUGAUCGCAGACGCAGACUCAAGUCAAGUAACUGACCAAAUAAGGAAGCGCUGUGCAAAGCAGCAAACUUGCGAGGUGGAAGCCAACAUGCCAUUCUUGGAAAGUGUUCCAAGUGGGUCCAAGUAUCUCAAAGUGUGGCACGAAUGCAUUCCUGACGUUUCUGGGGUCAUUCUACCAUCGCGUAGGAAAAGAGACAUCCAAAUACAACGGAGAGAAUUGCACUUACCUCAGCUGGGCAGCGCGAAAAACACUGGACCCGAAUCUUUCGGCGAAGGAUUGGCAACAAGGGCUUCUCACAAUUCAAGCAGCGAAGGUGUUGUAGCGAACGUCUUUAUGGGCAAAAGCAACGAGCAAAUUUCAUCUAAUAAAAAUGAGUCAACUGCAAGUAAGGAGAAACGGAGUGAAGAAAGUUACGAGAACACUCACUUAGCCCGUGUGCUGGACGAACUGCUGGGGCCAUCUUCUCUUUAUAAAUAAGUGAAUGCUAAUGAAAAAUUGUGUCAUCUGUAACUUGCAUUAGGUAACAUAAACGUGACGUAAAUGACAAGUUGUUUAUGAUCAUACAGUUGGAGUUUCAACACAGAUACAGUCAUCGGGAACAAAAGCAGUCAACUCGAAGUGCCUUGCGCUUUAGAUGCUGCAAAAGGCACGUUGUACAGCGAACAGUAUUCAAUUUAAUAUUUUAAUGUGUAAGAUCGUGACUAACGGAAACGGAAUAGCAUAAUUCAAUCACAGUUAUACACUUUGUUCCACUUUUUAUUUUUGGUGUGAACAGUGUCGACAUGUCAGUGCGUGUAAUCAGAAAGCUUCUGGUGUAAUCAUAUGUAAAGCUAUAUAAAAUGAAAGACUGUAUUUUGAGUUAUUUGAUAUAGAUAGAAGAGAUCAGAGUUUCGAUAUGCUAUGUACAUCUGUUCUUACGUCUUAAAAUUUCAGUUCUGAGACAGUAAAAAGCCAAAUCGUACGAUCUAUAGCAAAACUCUCGAUUAUGAUUGGUUUUCCGCGCGCCUACUUAAAAUGUAAUUGCCCCAUGAUCACGUGGAUACCCAAUUAAAGUUAUCUAAUCGUGCUACUAAUAGGCCAUUUUGCUUAUGCAAAAAUUUCUUAGUUCCGUUCUCAUGUGGGGGCGAGAAGUGAUCAGUCGGCCAAAAAUGGCCUCAUUAAUUCAUUAAAUAGAUCAAAUUUUGCCCCCACAAGGGACUGGAGCUAGAAUUAGCAAAAUGGUUGUCCGGCUCGUGCUGCGCUCGUCUGAUUUUGAAAUUACUCGCCCGACUACU